AUGACUACGUUGGAGGUCGUGAAGAUGCAGGGCGAUGGCGAUUGUCUAUUCCAUGCCCUGGCCCAUUUGGACGGGUAUGAUGGAGGCGCCCUGCGCAUAGAUGUGGUCGACUUCAUGGAGGCGCAGGCCCAUCACCAACAAGGAUUUGAAGAAGAAUGGGUGCGGGAAGCAAGCCGGCUUCGGGCUUCCCGAUGGGGCGGCGCCACGGCAAUCGCAGCGUGGAGCCUAAUGACAACCAAGAGGGUCACAGUGCACAGACGCGACCUGGCGCUUGGCACGGUCGUCGUGGAGGAGCUUAGCCACGGAUCUGUGUAUGGGAAUGAGGCCCACCCAAUCAUCCACAUUCUAUACAACGGCGUCGACCAUUAUGAUGCCUUGGUGGAAAUCCAUGACAUCGACGGCCGGGAGCCCGCUUGGGAGCAACCACCUCCACCAAGAUAUGUUGCAGAAGAUCCUUUUCCACCUUUGAGCAAGGAGACCCAACAGCCAAGCCGACAAAGCUUUACCGCACCAAGGCCGACCAAGAAGCCGAAGACCAAAAAGCCAGAAAAGACAGCCAAGAAACCGGCAGAAGCAGACAUGGAAGUGCAAGAAGAGAGCUUGAUGGAAGAGCUCGAGCGCAUCCCGGAGCUGGCCACGAAGCGGAUCCGGGAACAUCCCACCCUUCCACCCAGAGAGAGUUUGGACACAGUGGAUGCCGGUGAG